GCACGAGCGGCUCGGCAUGUGCCAAUGAUGGAGGAGACGGACAAGGUGGUGGUGGUGGUGGUGGUGGUGACAGGCGAAUGCAACAGCGACUGACUCGGACACAUCCUGUGUAUUCGCCUUUGGAAGCCAUUUUGGAGGCCAUUCUGCGACACGGCUUAAAGGCUGGCUCAUCACGGACUCGGCUACUCCGCAUCGAUCCCCUCUGGGCUAUGCUCAAGACCCUCCUGGCAGCAUCGGAGAGAGCCGCAGGCGUCCGUGCCGAGGUUGAUGAUCUGCCAAGGGAUGCCAAGGACGUUGUUCGUGCUCGUGCUGUUCUCCGUGCUGCCCUCUCGGGCCAGAUGCUGUUUGAGCUCAUCGCCGAUGCCUUUGAUGGUCCCGCGCCUGUUCUCGACCUCGACAAGUACUACCACCGCUGGGCGUUUAUGGCUGAUUUCGACUGCAGGGACAUCCUGGUCCAGGUCCCCGCCGCAUCCGAGGGCCUCGCUGCCAUCCCCAUGGACCUCUCGCUCUUUCAACUCAACGAGCUGACUGCGCCCAGCGAGCCGGUCACCUUUGAGCGCCACUUUGCCUCCAUCGCCGGCGCUGUUCAUGCGCUGCUUGUCGAGUAUGUACCACGGGCGCAGGCUGCGCCUGCCUCCCCUCCGCCUGCCUCGCCACCUUCCAAGGCUCCGGCAGCACUGCAGAUUGCCAACCCGGCCGGCGCCGAGCCGUCCGGCGCUGAUACCAACACCAGCACCGACAGCACGAGCUUGUUCCCCACAGGCAAACCACUGACCCCUGCUGCGCUCGACAAGUCUGCCCUUCGCCAGCCGUCGUCAUCAACGGCUGCACGCCUCGUCGAGUACACUCCGUCAGCAGACCUCAACGCCGAUGGCAUCGUCGUCUCGUCAUCUGUUCGGGUUGUUCACAAGAGCAAGCACAAGCACAAGAACAAGCACUCGUCGCACUCGUCGCACUCGUCGCACUCGUCGCACUCGUCGCACAAGCACCGUAAGCGCCGCAAGCACAGGAAGCCGGAGGACAGCAGCAUCGACCCGUCGCCGUCGCCGUCGCCUUCACCAUCGCCGUCGGUCUCGGACACCGGCGACAUGGUGCCCGCAAGCACAGGCAGCAUCUUUGAGGCUGCCAUCGGCUCGGCAGACUUUGCCCUGGCACCUGUCAACGGCGCGCUCACUGGCGGCCAUCCUGUCUCAGCGCCGCUUCUCGACAGUGCGCCCGAGCCGAUGCGCAAUCCGCACGGCACCGACCUCAACCCCGGCCCCGCCUCCUCACCGGCAUCCGCCGCCGCCGCAGCUGCUGCUGCUGUGGCUGCAGUUGUCGCCGCUGCCGAGCGUGAGCGGCUUGAACAACUAGCCCUCAAGCCGUCGCCGCGCAAGACCCGCCCUGCGGCUGAAGCCGCCAAGCCGGUGGAAGCGACUGCAAGCGGAAACGGCUCAGUCUCGGCAUCGGGCACGGCAAGCGGCUCGACGGCGUCGUACCGGUCAGUGGUGCUCAAGGAUCUCAACCAGUCCAACUCGACAGGCGCAACGAGUGCAAGUGCCGACAACGCAAGCGCCAGUCUCGACCUCUCGUCGCUCUUCCAAGUCGGCUCGAUCCAGAACCAGGCCGAGCUGACCCAAAGCCUUCGUGCUGCACACACGGCGUUUAUGGACGGAAGCGGGCCGGGUGAUGCCUUUGUCGGUGCCGCCAAGCGGGUGCUCUCCUCAUUCUUCAAGCAUGACAUUCUGGCUGAGGUCGACGCCGUGGCGCUUGGCGCCGACCUGCUGACCAUGGUCACCGACGACGUGCCGCGCGCAACGUAUCGCGAGGUUGUCGACGUCGCCGUCCGGGUUCUCACUAUCGAGCUGGAGGCCGACGAGUCGGCUGAGACGCCGGGGGAGAGCGAGGCUGACGCUCCGGCAGCCGCAGUCACCCCGGCAACUGCAGCCGGGCCCGAGACGGUGGAAAUGCUGCGGCGGAGCGGCGAGGCGGUGGCAACACGACUGGCUGACCUUGGCCUGCGGCACACCGACGAGGCCUUUGUGUUCCGGGCGUUCCUGCGGCUGGCGCAAGUGUACCAUCCGUCGGUCCUGCUGCCUGCCGAGCCGGCUCUGGCCGAGGCGUUCUUCAAGCGACUGCACAUGUACUACGGCUACGUCUGGGCACAGCUGCAGGUGUUGGAGGCGCGGAUGCACGCCGUGCCGGAGCACACCCACGGGUGGAUCGACGUCAACGGCAACGAUGCGCCGCCACCGUCGGACACGGUCGUCGGCGAUGUCAUCCCGUCCAAACUGGGCGGCUGGUGGCUGACCGAGGUUUCUGUCCUCGACACCAUCAAUGCGCUCGAGGCCAAGGAGGCGCUCUCGGUGGCCAAGGUCGUAGUCAACACUGCGUACGAGCUGAUGGAGAAGGCCCACGUCAUGCCGCAACACACCCACUACCUCCGCCACGGCUCCAAGCAGAAGACCUCGAUGUUCUUCCUCGCCUUUCUCUCCAUCGCAGGCGUGACUCCCUCGGACCCGCCGUCGCCGCCGUUCCGCCGUCCGGCCACCUUGCAUGCCCAUGCCAUCGUCGACGUUGUCCCGCAGCUCACCGCCCUCGUCGACGCCCGCCCUCUCUCGCACCACCACCUCAUGCACUCGCAGGUCCGGGGCGAUCGCAAGUUUGUCCUCUUCUACAAGUCGCAGCUCGGCGUCGGCGACGUCCUGGUGUAGGCGCUGUGUAAACCAUGAGUGUUACGA